AUGCGCUUCCAAGACUGGGACGUCCUCAUCUUCUCCGCCGGCAGUCAGGUGCCCUUACGCGAGUUCCGCACCGCAUGCUUUGCGCAAGCCGAGAACAUGAGCAGCAUCCCCGUGCUCACCUGCUUCAUGCCGUCUCUGUCCGGCUACGCCCCCUUCACCGUCUCCGUCCAUUCGUGGACCAAGCCUAGCAUACUCGGGAGCAACAACGCCGGUUACGUCCCCAGCGUUGUCUACCAAUGGCGCGUCAAGCUGGUCAUUGACGGCGUGACGGUGGCGACUGAGACGUAUCCGGAGGAUGUGCAGUGGCCCAGGCAGAUUGAUUCUUGUACUGCCGCUGACGCAGAAGGGAAGAGGCUUGCACUCCGCUUCCCCCGCUUCCACCGCUCCAUCAUGUCACAGACCCACUGGAACGCCUGCGACGACCUCGGCCGCAUUAAAAUCCAACUCUCCGCCGGCUACGAGCUUGUUGAGCAAGGGAGCGCAAAGUUCGUCAAGAUCCUCGAUCAUGUCGUCUUCUCCUUCCAGCCGGCGCCGCUUGGUAUGAUGUAA